AUGUGUAAAACGUUUCUUCCUAUUACACAUGUAAGUCUUGUUCAAGAAUUAUGUAAUUCAUUAGUUCCAUAUACAACUGGAAAAUUCGAAUUACUUUCUGAUAUAUUAAAAAAAAAAUUAAAUAUUAAUAUUGGUACUGAACAACUACAAUUAAUUUCAUCACUUUUUGGUUCUAAUGUUUUACCAAAUUUUUCAACAGGUCUUAAUGCAAAAGACCUAAUUUUGGAAUAUUCACUAUUAAAUAAGCUACCAUAUUUCACACCAUAUCAGCUUACUCCAUUUACACAUAUUUGCCCAACAUGUGGCAAGACACUUGAUUACGAUUUGGCUGAUGAACACCUUGUAACAUUAUAUUUACAGAAUCAUCAAAUUGUGCCUGCUGUUGUUUACACAUUGACAUGCACACAUUCCAGAACCGAGAAGAACAAAUAUAAAAGUACAUUAAUUACACCAAGCUUUUUCCAGCAUAAUGAUGAACGGGUAUUUACUUUCGAAUCGUUUGCUUAUUCCAAAUUUUUGUACUUUGGUGGAAAAAACAUUUUUGAUCGAAACAUUCUGAUACAAUUUAUGUCUGACUUAGUAUGUGCAGGUGUGACGUUUAAAGGUUUUCUUCUGUCAUACAAUCUUCAACAUAUGCAAAAACAUGGUGGUGAUUCCAAAUUAAACUUUCUUCUUUUUACACGUGUUGUUCUUUCAUUUGCAUUAAUUCAUUUUAUGUUUUUUAUGGGAUUACCUGAGGUGGCUUUACCGAAGAAUUGUCAACAGGAAGAAAUGGACAAUUUUUUUGAAUUAAUUGAACCUCAUGUACAUCAAUUAAUGUCUAAUUUUUGGCUACAACACAAGGCAGUUAAGUCCUGUGGUGUACAUUGCUCAAGUGCAUUAAUUGGUGACGGAAAUUACAAGAUUCGUCGACCAAUAUGUGUGUUAAAUUCGAAGGUAAAUUUUGAUAAAAUGAAUGACAAAAUGGAAAACAAUGGAAAGUUAAAGAAUACAACGUGUUAUUCAAUGAGAUGA